CUCCAAAAAGCUCUUUCUGUUGUCUAGCGCUCCAGCCACCCUCCUCUCUCUCUCUCUCUCUCUUCCUCACACUACCAACAAAAUUUUCCCGGAAAAAUAUGGGUGGAAAAUCGCCCUGUGCUUGCUGCAAAUCACUGCGACGCCGAUGCUCCAAGGACUGCAUAUUUGCUCCUUACUUCCCUUCGGAUGAUACCCACAAGUUUGCCACUGUUCACAAGGUCUUUGGUGCUAGCAAUGUUGGCAAAAUCUUGCAGGAAGUUCCAGUUCAUCAGAGAGCUGAUGCAGCGAGUAGUUUAGUGUAUGAAGCAAAGGCAAGAGUGAGAGAUCCGGUAUAUGGCUGCGUGGCAGCCAUAUCGUACCUGCAAAACCAGGUUUCUCAGCUGAAAAUGCAGCUUGCUGUGGCUCAAGCAGAGAUGCUUUGCAUCCAGAUGCAAGCAGAGCCAGCUGGGCCCGAUCUACAGGUCGAAUUCCCAGACGACAAAUCCUUUUUUCUCCAAGAAAACCUCCCUCGGCACCUCAACCUUGCCUCUUCUAGCACUGUGAUUCAUGAGGACUCCCUCAAAAGAGACUCCCUCUUCGGACAUGAUGCGGUUUCUUCUCCAAUGAAAUGCAAGAAAAACUAAUGCUUUCAUCUCCCAGACUCUUCUAUUCCUUGGUAUUGCUCAUCUUCAGAGAGAGAGAGAGAGAGGGAGAUGUUAUCUUCAGACAAGUUAAAUGUUUGAUGUGUGUGUUUGAGAACAAUGGCAUUUGACGAGAGUCAACUCUAGUAUGUGGCUCAUGGAGUAGAAUGGUGACUAGUUCUCUUAAGUUGAACAACUAAAGCUUUCUCUUGGUAGUAUGAGAAACAACUCCGAAAGCUUACCUAGUUUCUUCAAACAUCAUUGUAUAACAAGUGACGUCCCAUUCAUUCUAGUGAAACAAAUGUUUUUGGCCGCUAAUUUGUACUAUUUGGUCUGCGGUUAAUGAUAUCCGAACCAAAAUGUAUAUGGAAAUUUAAUAUAGAAAACAUGCAGCAAAGUGGCUUAUAUAAU